AUGCCGGCGUCAACGGCCAACGCCUACCUCUCGAAGCGACCUCUCGUACUCGGUCUGUCCAAGCUCUUUUUCGUUGCGAUCGCGCAACUUCCGAUUGCGCAAGCAGCUCCUCUCUAUGUCUCAACCCUGAUACACUCGCUGGAAGAGGGGGAAGAAGGCAAGAGCCCAGAUGAUCCGGAUCUAUGGCUGUAUCUCGGUGUUGCGGCCGCUUUGGUGCUGCUCGGUGGCGCUUUUGCAGGCUUGACAAUCGCUUUAAUGGGACAGGAUGAAAUCUACUUACAAGUCAUCAAAGAGUCAGGCGAGGGUGCAGAGAAAGUACAUGCCGGCAAGGUGCUACGCCUCCUCAAAAAGGGCAAGCACUGGGUUCUCGUCACUCUACUCCUCAGCAACGUCAUCACCAAUGAGACCCUGCCCAUUGUACUCGAUCGGUCCCUGGGCGGUGGCUGGCCGGCUGUUCUUGGGUCAACUGUAUUAAUUGUCAUUUUUGGCGAGAUUGUUCCACAGUCGAUCUGUGUGCGCUAUGGCCUGCCCAUCGGAUCCUGGAUGUCAUCCUCGGUGUUGUUCCUGAUGUACCUCAUGGCUCCAGUAGCCUGGCCUACCGCAAAGUUACUCGAUUACCUCCUGGGUGAAGACCAUGGUACUGUGUACAAGAGAGCAGGGCUGAAGACGCUGGUAUCGCUCCAUAAGAGUAUGGGCGAUGUGAAUCAGCAGCUUAACGCCGAUGAAGUCACCAUCAUCAGUGCCGUACUGGACCUGAAGGCGAAACCUGUCGGGUCCAUCAUGACGCCAAUGGAUGAUGUCUUCACCCUUUCUCUGGACGAUGUGCUAGAUGAAGAUACCAUGGACGACAUAUUGUCUCGUGGUUAUUCUCGAAUUCCUGUCCACCACCCCGAUAACAAUGACAAUUUCGUUGGGAUGUUGCUGGUCAAGAUGCUCAUCACUUACGAUCCCGAAGACGCUAAGCCAGUUCGCGAGUUCGCCUUGGCCACGCUGCCCGAAACCCGACCCGACACCAGCUGUCUCGACAUUAUCAACUUUUUCCAAGAAGGCAAAUCGCAUAUGAUUCUUGUUUCUGAGUUCCCGGGUGAGGACCAUGGUUCUUUCGGUGUCGUAACCCUGGAGGAUGUCAUUGAAGAGUUGAUCGGAGAAGAAAUUGUCGACGAGUCGGAUGUAUUCAUCGAUGUUCACAAAGCCAUUCGCCGCGCCCUGCCAGCUCCUCGGAUGAGAAUUCCCAAAGGCCAUGUUGUCGAAGAUCCCAACAGCCUCAACAUUCCCAAUGGCAACCUGGUCGACAUCGGCGAAGACCAAACGCUUACCGCGCAAGACGUUCAGAGGUCCAGAUCUGAGGUCAGUGCUCAAAUGCGACGAUCAGUCUCAGAGCAACGCCGCCGCUCCAGUACGAACAGCAAGGGCGAAGACAUUCGACCGCUCCGAAGAACACCUACGGAUGAUCUAAAGGAGCAUCUAAAGCACUUGGGGCCAUCAAACCUUGCAAGUCGACCGAAAACUACACGUUUCAAUACUGUCAAGAUCAAGCCCGGUUCCGGAUCAGAAGCACUCAAACAAGCUUCUGUGACUGCUGAUCGAGGAACUCCAGUUCGGCGGAUCUCGGAAGAUGCUUCUUCUGUCAAAGGUGGCAUCGGCGAGGGCUUGCUUCAGUCAGGCGGGAAAGAAGCCAGUGACGCAGUACAGGCUUUGCAGGUUGGCUAUGGAACCUUGUCUACAUCCCCUGCGGAGCAUCGCCCAAUGAGUUCCAGCAAAGCUGUUCAAGCUAUGCCUUCCGAACUCGAUUCCCCAACCAAGCAGAGCCAAUCCCCCAGCCCGGAUGAGCCACGUCCUAAGUCCAGGAAGACCAGCAGUUCCAGCACGCUGGGUAGCCUGCCCAGCAGUCCUCGAUCGAAGAGUCCUUUUUAUCAACACCGUGGCCCAGCGCGAAGUGGUAGCAUCACAGAGAACAUUAUUGAUACGAACGGUAUCCGCAAGGUUGUUCUGGAGACGACUUCCAGCAGCGAGUCCAAUGGCGAGGAAGACAACAGCGGCGCAAACAAAGGCCACAGUUCUGCCCAGAGUUCAAAGAAUCAGAGCAAAGGAGAAACAGCACGAGAGAGCUCAUCAAAGAAAAAGCGCCGCAGAAAGAAGAGGCAGGGAGGCAAAGGCGAGAGCGAGCCUUUAUUAGGCCAACAAGGUUAG